GGCUGCACUGCGCCGCCUUGUGCUCACUCGCGACUCGACUUCAACGCACUUCGCAACUCUCUCAGUCGGGUACACGCCAGAAGCUUCCGUGCACGUGACCUUUGAAGAUGGUGCUACUGUUGGUGAUGGCGGUGAUACUGGCGGUGUACUUCUGGAAGAGGCUAACUGCUCCAGAAGAGGAGUCGUUCGACCAGCGGAAGCUGGAAGAGGCCUGGUGGGGACCUGGAGAACCCAAGCAGGUGGACGAGUCCAUCCGGCCCUUCACCAUCGACAUCCCAGACAGCGUUAUACAAGACUUGCACGAAAGGCUGAAAUCCACGCCGAAGUUGACGCCGCCGUUGGAAGGGGUCGGCUUCGAGUACGGCUUCAACUCCGAGUACCUGCAGGAGUUGGCGAAGUUCUGGCGGACGCAGUACGACUGGAGGGAGCGCGAGAAGUUCCUGAACCAGUUCCCGCAGUUCAAGACGACCGUGAACGGCCUCGAGCUGCACUUCAUCCACGCGAAGCCGGCCGAGGUCCCUCAGGGCGCAGUGGUGGUGCCGUUGCUGCUGCUGCACGGCUGGCCAGGGUCAGUCAGGGAGUUCUACUCGCUGCUGCCGCUGCUCACCACACCCAGGAAGGGCGAGCGGUUCGUCUUCGAGGUGGUGGCGCCCUCCCUGCCCGGGUACGGCUUCUCGCAGGGCGCGGCCAAACCCGGGUUCGCCUGCGUCCAGAUGGCGGCCGUCAUGAAGAACCUCAUGCAGCGACUGGGCCACAGCAAGUUCUACGUCCAGGGCGGGGACUGGGGCUCCGGCAUCGGGACCGCCUUUGCGCAGUACUUUCCCAGCUGUGUACUGGGACUCCACGUCAACAUGUGCCACGACAGCGGGCCCAAGGCGAUGCUAAAAGGUCUCAUCGGCACCCUCUGGCCGACGCUGUUCGUGGAGCGCCGCUACGUCCACAAAGCGUUCCCUUUCUGGAAGCCCUGGCUCAACACCGUUCUCCUCGAAAUGGGAUACUUCCACCUUCAAGCUUCGAAGCCGGAUACCAUAGGACUGGCUCUGCAGACGACCCCUGUGGGUCUGGCAGCGUACAUCCUGGAGAAGUUCUCCACCUGGACGAACCCCUCCUGGAAGUGCCUCCCGUGUGGAGGUCUCACUAAGAAGUACGAGAUGACAGACCUGCUGGACAACGUCAUGAUCUACUGGGUCACCGGCUGCAUCACCACCUCCGUCAGACUCUACUCUGAGCACUUCAGCAAAGCGGCCAAGGUCGGCCGCAAGCGAGUCAUCGAGAGGUACCCGCCGACCGCCGUGGCGCAGUUCGAGCACGACAUCUUCUUCACUCCCGAGUGGGUGGCCCGGGACGUCCACCCCAACCUGAUGCGCUACAACGUCUUCCCCAACGGAGGACACUUCGCCGCCUUCGAGGAACCCAAAGUGCUGGCCGAGGACAUCUGGGAGUUUGUCAAGUCGGUACACGUGUAGCGUGUGCGACUACUCGGGUGUCCAGCGUGUGCGAACUACACCGGCAGCUACCAGGACUGAAACUCACCUGCUGCUGCAUGUAAAAUACAAAGUACACGGCAGUUACCAGUGUCACACCGUACAGUCGAUUUGUUUAGUGACAUUAAAAUUUGCUGUUUUCCAUACAGACCUAUAUUUAUUAUUUCUCGCCUACUUUCUGGCGUUUUAGUUGUCACAGUAGUUACGAUAAUGAAUUUUCCUUUAAUCCUCGCAUGAUGUCAGCUCGGAA